CGCGCCCUGCCAAGCAAAGAACUGCAAGCGAGCGCUGCUGUCCUUCCACCAUGUGGCUCUUCGCUCUGACUCUCGUCUCUGCGUCCCUUUGCACGACUUGGGGUCACCCACCUUCACCACCUAUCGUGGACACCGCACAAGGCAAAGUUCUGGGGAAGUACGUCCAUUUGGAAGGUUUUGUUCAGCCUGUAGCUGUCUUCCUGGGAGUCCCCUUUGCCAAGCCCCCUCUGGGGUCUCUGAGGUUCACCACACCACAGCCUGCAGAGCCAUGGAACUUUGUGAAGAACACCACCUCCUACCCACCUAUGUGCUCCCAGGAUGCCGUGAGUGGCCAGGUGAUAUCGGAGAUGAUCACGAACCGAAAGGAGAACAUUCCCCUCAAGUUCUCUGAAGACUGUCUCUACCUCAAUAUUUACACACCCGCUGACCUGAGUAAGAAGACCAGGCUGCCAGUGAUGGUAUGGAUCCAUGGAGGGGGUCUUGUGGUAGGCGGCGCAUCUACCUAUGAUGGGCUGGCCCUGUCUGCCCAUGAAGACGUGGUGGUGGUGACCAUCCAGUACCGCCUGGGUAUCCUGGGGUUCUUCAGCACAGGGGAUGAACACUGCCUAGGGAACUGGGGUCAUUUGGACCAGGUGGCCGCCCUGCGCUGGGUCCAGGAGAACAUCGCCAACUUUGGAGGGAACCCCGGCUCUGUGACCAUCUUUGGGGAGUCAGCAGGAGGCGAGAGUGUUUCUGUGCUUGUCUUAUCUCCGCUGGCCAAGGGCCUCUUCCAUCGGGCCAUCUCUGAGAGCGGCGUGGUUUUCACAGGAGGGCUGACGAAGAAGGACAUGAAAGACUUAGCUCAGAAAGUCGCAGUCUUUUCUGGGUGCAAAACCACCACAUCAGCUGUAAUGGUGCAUUGCCUACGUCAGAAGUCAGAGGAGGACCUUUUGGAGACAGCACUGAAGUUGAAAUUAUUUGCACUGGAUUUACUUGAAGACCCCAGAGAGAGCCACCCCUACCUGCCCACCGUGGUCGAUGGUGUACUGCUGCCAAAGCUUCCUGAAGAGCUCCUGGCUGAGAAGAAAUUCAACACUGUUCCCUACAUUGUCGGGAUCAACAAGCAAGAAUUUGGCUGGAUUCUUCCAACGAUGUUGGGUUUCCCGCUGUCGGAAGGCAAGCUGGAUGACCAGACGGCAGCAUCACUCUUGUGGAAGGCCUUCUCCAUGGUUGACAUUCCUGAAUCUCUCACUUCGGUGGUCACUGAGAAAUACCUGGGCGAGACUAGUGACCCUGUCAAAAAGAAAGACCGGUUCUUGGACAUGAUGGCGGAUCUGAUGUUUGGAGUCCCCUCAGUGAUAGUGGCUCGCAGCCAUCGGGAUUCUGGUGUCCCCACCUACAUGUAUGAGUUUGAAUACCGACCCAGCUUCUCUCCAGAAAUGAAACCCCAGACCGUGUUAGGAGACCAUGGAGAUGAGAUCUUCUCGGUGUUUGGUGCCCCGAUUCUGAAAGGUGGUGCCUCAGAGGAGGAGACAAAACUCAGCAAGAUGAUGAUGAAAUUUUGGGCCAACUUUGCUCGAAAUGGGAACCCCAAUGGGGAUGGACUGCCCCACUGGCCAGCUUAUGACCAGAAGGAAGGUUACCUGAAGAUUGCCCCCAUCUCCCAGGCCGCCUACAAGCUCAAAGAUGAGGAAGUGGCUUUUUGGACAGAGCUUAAGACCCGAGAGGCAGCACUGACACAAACACACACAGAGCAUGUGGAGCUGUGAAGGGGAGCAGGGGGAGCCCACGGCUGGAGUGCUCAUAGUGCUCAAAGAAGCCCUGCACUAUGGGGCCUGGGCAAUGAGUGCUCCAGAAAAGAGUUUGGGGCUGGCCCUCCACAUGAAUAAAUCUUCCAGAGA